UGUUGUUGUUUCACCGAGAGAAGUGGAUCAGUCGACAUUUUAAAAUAGACUUCUUCACGGGAAAUUUGAGGAUAAUUUGCCUUGUAUCUGCAAUUAGCUCCACGUUUUAGUGUGGUCUUGUUGUGCUUCAGAAAGGACUGGUUUGUGUCCCGUUUACAGGGUCUGAUAUUCAGCUGCCAGUGUUUUUAAGAUGACCAGUCAGUAUCAGCGAACUGUCCCUCCGGAAGUGAGGAAAGCAGAGGGGGAGCGGGUCCGAGCUAAACACCCCGAUAAAAUACCUAUUAUUGUGGAGAGGGCUGCUAGGUCACGAGCUCCAGAACUGGACAAAAAGAAGUACCUAGUUCCCUCAGAUCUUACAGUGGGUCAGCUGUGUUUCCUGAUUAGACAGCGAGUGUCUAUGAGGCCCGAGGAGGCUCUUUUCUUUUUUGUCAAGAACUCCCUACCCCCAUCCAGCAUGCCCCUCUCUGCAGUCUAUGAGGAGCAUCAUGAUGAGGACCUUUUCCUGUACAUGACAUACAGCAAUGAAAGUGUAUAUGGUGCCUGAAUCUGGUUAUGAAUGAUGGAGAAAGGUUGCAAAUGGAUGGUAAAGAAAGAGAAGAGGGAGACAGACUAAAAUUCCUAAUGUGUUACCACUAUAAUCCCAUAUAAGAUACGUAUGAUGAGCAAAGGGCUUAGGGAUAGCUAAAGGGUGAGGGGCUGGGUGGGCAUUUGUUUGAGUCAGUAUUUUGGAGUUAUACAUAAUAUUCACGAUCCAUGUCAGAAAUAUAAUUUGAAAUUUUGAAUUUUGAGGGUGGCGGAGCAAUGAAAAUUUGAACGAUCAAGGACGGAAAGUGAGAGUGGAGAAGGAUUAAGUUUGGAGAGAGAGGCCAGUUCAUCUUUCUCUCUUGUGGGUGAAUCACCUGUAUUUAAUGCAAAUAGUAUUUUUUGUAAAGUAAUAUCAAGAACUUUUUUGUGCAAAAUAAAAUCUUUGAAACAGUGA